GGCCCUCUAACCACGCCUCUGUGCCAGCCUUUGUGUCCUCGUCAUCCUGAAAGCAUCUUCCACGUAGGGCAGAUUUCCUUUGCCAGAACAGGCAAUAGUCACUGAUCUGAAUACAUUGCCAGGCGGAGUUGUUGGAGAUGGAGGGAACAACAUUUACAGGAGAGGAUAAGGAAGAGGGGAAACGAUGUUUUCAAUUCCUGAUAGAAAAGGGUCUGGAUAAUGAUGCCAUUGUCAAGAGGUUCGACUGCAUAGCUGAGAAGUAUGAUAAGAUGCAAGCCAUAAUUGGUAACAACUUGCCGGAGUGGAUGGCGGAGAGUCUAGCUGCUCUAUAUACCCACAACCGAAAAACUGUCUCCAUCUUGGAUGUGGCUGCAGGGACGGGCUUGGUCUCUUGUGAGAUGCGAAAACAAGGAUUCCUACACAUUGAUGGUCUGGAACCAUCUGAAAAGAUGCUGGAACAGGCCAAGAAAAACAACUUAUAUGAGAGAUAUAUCUGUGUCAUUCUUGCUGACAAGACACUGGACAUCGCUGACGACACAUACGAUAUAGUGACUGUGGUCGGUCUCAGCUCCGAAAUAUUCUCUACAUUGCCCAUCAAGUCAUUCGAGGAGCUGGUUCGUAUCACGAAAUCAGGAGGCCAUAUUCUGAUGAAUCAUUUCGACUACAUCUUCCAAAGGGAUGUCCUCCGUGCGAACCUCACCAGUCUGGAGGACAGAGGACUGUGGAAACUAGAGGACAAGCAAAAUAAGCCCGACAUCGCCCAAGGGAUUACUGGUCAUUUGCACGUUUAUAAAGUUUUGUAAUCCAACACCAAGAGAGAACUCAAUUCUUUCACGAGUGACUUGCGUUGUUAAAUGGUGUGUAGUGUAACGACAAGUGACAUAUUUUAACAUAAUUUGGACUUGAACCCCCAACCUUCAAUAAUACCCCUGAGUAUAGGUUUCCAGCCAGCUAGAAAGGCAACAAGAGGCCAGUAGAUGGAUCGGGCUGUCAAACGCCGUGGCUUGGUUGGGUGUACUGAUCCUGGUAGUCUGUCUCACAGUCCCUGCACCACAUUAUUUUCCCUACUGCCUAGCUCUCCCUGCAAUACUAAAUGAAGCAAUUUUAGAUUUCCUCUCUCAACUCACUGGGGCUCCUUUUCAAUUUAAAUGGGUUUAUUUGUUACUAACUAAAUUAUAUAUAUUCAGGGACCAACCGUUAGACUAUGAUCCAGGGAGUGUACGGUGACUCUUUAAGUAGUUAGAUUUGCAACAGUAUUCGGCCUUGUCAGUCAGAUGGUUGUGGCUAGCAUUGCGUAUUGGUGUCAGUGGGCAAUUUUGAAUAAAAACUUAUAC